GCAUUUCAAUUCGAGCCCCCGUUUGGAGCGUUUCGAGCGUUUGGAGGAUCAGAUCCACGUUGCGUUUUGGCUUCAGCUACCAACAACUGUUAGGAAAUUACACACGCGCUGUCUCUCUCGCUCGCUCACUCGUUCGCUGGCCUAGCUCUGUGUGUGUGUUAAUAAUUUAAAAUAAAAUUACGAUUUUUCUGCGACCAAAGGUGCCGAGCCAACCGCAGGACAGGACGCAGCAGUUGUAAUACCCUGCGCCUCAGCGUCUCGUCGUCGCCGUGUGCGUUGUGACCAAGAAAACGGAAAAUUUUUAAAUUGUUUUUCAAAUACAUAUUGAGAAAAGAUAUAUAACUACAACUGCAACUGCAUCGUGCAUAAUCUUGUGAUAUAUUAUUUGCCCCUCCUUCUGCAACAACGAUCCCUGUGCAAUUCUCCGCAACAAAAAAUUAAUCAUAAUUAAUAAUAGUUCUGCAAAAGCAAGCAGAUAGAAGCCACAUAAAAAAUUGAAUAGAAUAUAACUGUGAUUUAAACAAAGCUCUGAGUUUUUGUUUUUCAAAUUUGUGCAAAUACCACAAAAAUCGAAAUAAAUAAAAAAUCUACGGUUGCAAACAAAUCUGCCUGGAGAUUGCAGCAGUUCCACAGUCACGAAGCGAAAACUACAAGAGGAAGCCGAAGCCUGUCUGGAUAAUUGGACGAACUGAUUAACAAAACAGUUAAAGCAAACAGUAAAAGGUAUAAACGGCGACGAAUCAACACGCUUCCAAACGCACACGAUUGAGAGAGUGCAGGAAGGAAAGGAGCAGUCGGCUGUCGCUCGACACAUAGCAGCAAGCAAACGGAACUUCGCUGGGCGAAAGUGAAGAUAUAGAUUGGCUGAAACAAUAAAAAGCAGCAAUUGCACAGACAAAUAGAGGCGCUCUAGCUUCAGCCAUGGAACGUGAAUCGAAUCCAAUGCAACCCAUGUGCCGCUCUGGUUGCGGCUUCUAUGGUAACCCAGCCACAGAUGGACUCUGUUCGGUGUGCUACAAGGACUCGCUUAGAAAAAAGCAACAGCCACCUGUGAGCAGUACACCUGUCUCGGUUCCAAGCCCACAGCCUAGCCCCACAUUCAGUCCGGCCAUUGCAAUCACCAACACCGCACAGCCCACAGUUACCAGCUUACAACAGCCACACAAUGAUGUCAAAGAGAAAAUCAUCGUAGAAGCCGCCGCUGCUGCUGCUGCCAAAGUCAAUACUGAAGCCAUCACAUCGGCGACCGGUCCAAAUACUUCCACACAAGCAGCCGCCUCCGCCAAUGAGGAGGAUGACAAGGACAAGGAAGAUGAUAAGGAUGCCAAAAAGAAGAAGAACCGAUGUGGCGAAUGCCGCAAAAAGGUUGGACUGACUGGUUUUCAGUGUCGCUGCGGCGGUUUAUACUGCGCUGUGCAUCGUUAUUCUGAUAAACAUAACUGCACAUUUGAUUAUAGAGAGCACGGUGCACAGGAGAUUCGACGCAACAAUCCAGUUGUCGUUGGCGAGAAAAUUCAAAAGAUUUGAAUUUUGCGAGAUAUUGUGCCAGUAACAGUAAACAGUAACAGUAGCCGUAGAAUGAUAAUAACCACAACCCCCUACACAUAAUGAUAUAUAUAGUAUAUAAAAUGCUAUGCUGUAACAAAAUCUACAAAAACCAACAACCACACACACACACCAUACACACAUACAAGCAGAAGAAUAGUACUAAAAAAAAAAAAAUGUAAUUAUAAUUGCAAAAGAAGCGAAAGCCGAAA